ACCGUCUUUUUCCCUGCUCCCCCACUCCUCAACCUCUCUGUUGAAGUCUCAACUACACAUCUUCUGCUACAACCAAAGCUUUCAUUCUCGGACAUAUAUCUCUACUCUCGAUCACCUGCUUAAAUACACAGGAGGACUCAAUCGCAACUAUUCCUUACUUAAGCCAUCCAUCACGUGGGCUCCUCUCAAAUCCGUUUCCAAUGGAGAGAAGAAGAACCAAGCUGGCCGUUGCAGUGGCUCUGCUUCUGAUCUUCGGGCUCGCGAGCCAGAAAUGUUCUUGCGACGUCGUGCAGUUCAUUUUCGGAGACUCGUUGUCGGACGUCGGGAACAACAAUUACCUCACCAAGAGCUUGGCCCGCGCAGCGCUUCCCUGGUACGGGAUCGACUUCGGCAACGGCAUGCCGAACGGGCGGUUCAGCAACGGCCGCACUGUCGCAGAUAUUAUAGGUGACAACAUGGGCCUCCCACGGCCGCCUGCAUUUCUCGACCCAACACUAGAUGAGAACGUGAUAUUCAAGAACGGAGUCAACUACGCCUCCGGCGGCGGCGGAAUCCUAAACGAGACCUCAUCCCUCUUCAUACAAAGGUUUUCACUCUACAAGCAGAUCGAGCUGUUUCAAGGAACGCAGGAGUUCAUGCGGAUGAAGAUCGGGCGCGAGGCGUUCUACGUCGUCGCCAUGGGAAGCAACGACUUCAUCAACAACUACCUCCUCCCCGUCUACGCCGACUCGUGGAACUACAACGGCGACACCUUCAUCACCUACCUCAUCACUACAUUAGAGGGACAGCUACGGCUGCUGUAUUCGUUGGGAGCUCGGAAGUUGACCUUUUUCGGGCUGGGGCCGAUGGGGUGCAUACCGCUGCAGCGGAUCCUGACAUCAUCGGGCGGGUGCCAGCAGUCGACGAACAAGCUCGCGCUCGACUUCAACAAGCAGUCGACGAAGUUGUUAAGCGACUUAGCGAGCAGCCUUCCCAACUCCACCUUCAAGUUCGGGGACGCCUACGAUGCCUUCCAGGAUCUCAUUAAUCGCCCUUACUUGUACGAUUUCAACAACUCGCACGGGCCGUGUUGCUCGUUGGGGAAAAUUCGCCCGACUCUCACAUGUACUCCUAUAUCGACAUUGUGCGAAGAUCGGAGCAAGUUCGUGUUCUGGGACGAGUAUCACCCGACGGACAAAGCCAAUGAGUUGAUAGCGAAUGUGAUCCUCAAGAAGCUCGGGUAUAACUCAACCAACGGCACGGACAAUCCUUAAGGUUCUGCAAUUAGUAAGUCGUAGUAUAUUCACUGUUUGGCGUGCGUUGCCACGGUGAAAAUAAGUGAAACGUGUGCUUGUUAUUUUCUUAGCCUACAAAAAUUUCACAGCAAGUGCGCGCGCGCGUGUGUGUGCAUAUAUGGAUGCGUGUGACAUUGUAUAAGUAGGAACGAACAUAUGUGGAGUUAUGGUGGUUAAUGUUUGGUAGUAGUUGGAACAACUAAGAGGCUUGUGCGUGUUCUUAGUCACCACGUGCUAGGCAAACGAUUUAAAAAAUAUUGGGAGACUUUACCCUCAGAGGUUAAAUUAAGUCACAUUUGUUGUGCAUUAAGUUUU